AUGUUUUGUUCAGAAACGAGGAGUCUCGAUGAUUUAAAUGUAGGAAAACAAAAAAAGGAACGUUUCGCAUUAAAAUGUUACGUUUGUAAUUCGAAAGAAGAUUCGAGAUGUUUGGAUCCAUUAGACGAAACAAACGGAUUAUCAUUGGUCAAUUGCACGAGUGACGAAGUUCAAAGGGCACAAACGAGGAAAGCCAUCGAGGAAAUAUCGGAAUUGAUGACGAAAUUGGGACAAUCUCAAGCGAUGACGUUUUCAACGAAAAAAGUAUCGCAAUUAUGGGAAGAUGAAAAAUUUCCAAUGGUUUGUCAAAAACUCGAACUCGAAGUGGAGGGAAACAUGGUGAUAGGAAGAGGAUGUUCCGCUCCACGAAUGGAAAAUUUCGAUCCUUGUUAUGCCGUUAAAUUAAUAACAUCAAAAGAUAUUAUAUUGAAAUCAUGUUCACUUUGCGACACAGACGGAUGUAAUAAAGGAAUAAAAAAAAAUAUUUCAAAAUAUUUAAUUCUUAUCCUAACGAUCAUAUCAAUUUUUAUCAAGUUAACGUGA